AUGGCUACCGUCAUCAUUUCCAAGAAACCAUAUGACAAAGGGUCCUCGUCAACCUCAAGUCUGACCGUGACAACUCCGACUCUGGGUGCUCCGGAAGUGAAGCGGAGAUUCUUUUGGCAAAGAAGAAAGGGCAUAGACCUAGAUGCGAUUGCCACUCAGCCGAGCGUGUUCGAUGAUCCGGCAACGGCCGAACAGUAUCACCCUCGCAAGGACUGGGAAAAUUAUCACCGAUUCGAUCCUAAAGAACGAUGGACAUGGAAAGAGGAGGCGAGAGUCGUCCGGAAGAUCGACAUCAAAAUCAUGGUCUUUACAUGCAUCAUGUUCAUGGCGCUGGAAUUGGAUCGUGCGAAUCUUGGUCAAGCGUUGUCAGAUAAUUUCCUGCAUGACACCCGCUUGACCCGAGAUGAUUAUAACCUCGGAAACACUGUCUUCAAACUAGCCUUCCUCUGCGCCGAACUGCCCUCUCAACUAGUGUCCAAAUGGAUGGGCCCAGAUCGAUGGAUUCCCCUGCAAAUGGUUCUGUGGAGUGUUGUGGCUGCGGCUCAAUUUUGGCUAUCCGGGAAAAAGUCCUUCCUCGUCUGCAGAGCGCUCUUGGCCAUUCUUCAGGGUGGUUUCAUACCUGAUAUCAUCCUUUACCUUUCAUACUUCUACAAACACCACGAGCUGACUGUCCGGCUCGGCUACUUCUGGACCGCUAUGAGCAUAGCCGAUAUUCUUUCCGCGAUUCUUGCCUAUGGCCUUCUGCACAUGAGGGGCGUUGGCGGCUACGCCGGGUGGCGUUGGCUAUUUCUGCUCGAGGGACUACUUACUCUUGUCAUCGGUCUGGUGGCGUCCGUUCUCAUGCCUCCUGGACCUUGCCAGACAGCUAGCCGGUUUAGGGGUAAGAACGGAUGGUUCAGUGAAAGAGAACAAAAGAUCAUUGUCAACAGGGUUCUACGAGAGGACCCAAACAAAAGCAGCAUGCACAACCGCGAACCAAUCACGCCGAAGCUUCUGUGGCAGAGCCUCAAGGACUUCGACCUCUGGCCAUUGUACAUCCUUGGAUUGAUGUUCCAGAUCCCGAUGACACCAGUCCAACAAUAUCUAACGCUCUCAUUGCGCGACCUGGGGUUCGAUACCUUUCAAACAAAUCUUCUGACGAUUCCAUACACCGUGAUGCACAUGAUUACUAUGCUUGGACUGGUAUACUUGGCCGAGGCGAUCAAGGAAUUGACCCUUACGGCCCUGCUUGGUCAGAUCUGGGUUCUCCCUUUCUUGAUCUAUCUUAAUGUGUUCGACUACUCUGGCGUCAAUCGGUGGGUUCUCUGGACUGUGGUGACGCUUCUCCUGAGUUUCCCAAAUGAUGACGCCCCAAAGUAUAAGCGUGGAAACAAGAACUUGCUAGGCGUUCUAUUUGGCAACAUCGGCAUCUAUCUCUUGGUGAAGGUCUAUUACGUGUGGCGCAACAAGUCCAGGGACAAGAAGUGGAACGCGAUGUCGGAGGAGCAGCAGCUGGAGUACCUGGCCACAACUAAGGAUGAGGGCAACAAGAGACUGGACUUCCGCUUCCAACACUAA